CUUACCGUGAGGCUGCGUUGUAGUGCCCCACUUGCAUCUCUGAGCCGGCUAAAGGUGGGCCAGCUGCAGUCGCCUGGAAGAAUAACGGCUUCUUAUUUGGACCUGAUAAUCAGUUAGUGGUGAUGCUCAACAUAUAAAAGACCAUGAUCCGGAUAGCUGCUCUUAAUGCAGCCUCUCAGACUGCAGAUGAACAUGAGGAUCACUUCAGGAGUACCAAACCAAGUCAGACAAAGGAAGCUCAGGAGGCAGAGGCAUUUGCUCUGUACCACAGAGCUCUUGACCUGCAGAAGCAUGAUAAGUUUGAGGAGUCGGCCAAAGCCUAUCAUGAGCUCCUUAAGACACCACUGCUUAAGGAGGCAGUGGCGUCUGAAGAUGAGAAGGUUGGGCUCAAACAUCCUGGACUGAUGCUGAAAUACUCCACUUAUAAAAACCUGGCCAGCCUCGCCGUGCUCCGGGAUGACUUGGAUACAGCCAUGGACUUCUAUGUGGAGGCUGUUAUGCUGGACUCUACAGAUGUGAAUAUGUGGUAUAAGCUGGGUCAGGUGGCUCUAAGGAGAGUGAGCAUCCCGCUGGCUCGUCAUGCCUUCGAGGUGGGACUACGCUGUAACCCUGACCACUGGCCGUGUCUCGACAGCCUCAUCACUGUCCUGUACACACUCAGUGACUACAGCUGUUGCCUUUACUACAUCUGCAAAGCCUUGGAGAAGGACAUAGGCUACACUAAAGGUCGGGUACUGAAGGAGAAGAUAUUUGAGGAGCAGCCUUGCCUCAGACGAGACUCCAUGAAGAUGUUUUCUAAAAUUGAUAUGAUGGUGUAUCACGGAGAGGUAGACGAGGAGGAAGCUCACAGUAUUGUGGAGGAGGCGCUGGAACUGAGAAGACAGAGACAAGCCAAACUAACCCGCCAUCCCCGACCAGACCUUCAGUUAGUGGAGCCCAUCAAACGCUUCACCUGGAAGAGUGUGGGAGAGAGUUUCCUGGCCAUGUAUAAACACCAGAACGAGUGCUUGGUCCCACGGCCUGACUUCGGCCGUAGAAUUGACCUAUCUAUGUACAAGGACCCAGACUGCCUCCUCCAGACACCUCCUACCACAAUCCCUACUGCUGCACCUACUGCUCCGGCUCCGGCUCCGGCUCCAGCUCCAGCUGCAGCUCCAGCUCAAGCCAGUGAGCCUCCUCAGCUCUCCACCCCUGCUCCCCUGCCUGAGCUUCCCCCUCCACCUCCGCCAGGCUCCAGCAGCCCGAGCUCCAGCCUGCCCACACCCUGUGAGCCUCUGAUCCAGCUGCAGGUGCAGACCAGCGUCCUGGGACAACUCCCACAAAGCCAGAUUAUCAUAGAGGUUGGCACUACUGCCACAGUCACUGUUCCUGCUGUUGCGAAUGGAGCUGCUGCUGCUGCUGUUACUGGUGUUUCCACUGCACCCCCUGGUGUGCUUGACCCAGCUUUGAAUGAUAAAGCCAAGAAAGCCCCCAAGAGGAAGAGGGUGAUGGAGGACUGUGCCGAGACGGCCAAAAGGCGCUCAGCACGUGUCCGCAAUACUAAAUGCAAGAAGGAGGAGAAGAUUGACUUCCAGGAGCUGCUUCUUAAAUUCCUGCCCUCACGGCUGAAAAAAUUUGAUGUGGAUGAAGAUGAAGAAAGCCUCAGUAACAUGGACACCCAGUGUGACGCCAAACCCGCCUCCCAGCUGAAUCAAGGCACUGGCUCCAAUCUUUCUGACUACAUCAGCUCUGUAGAGACAGAACAUGAAGAGGUGCACUCUUUCCUGCUGGCUAACAUGCAGAAUGGAGGUAUCCUGGAGCUUCUGUUGCGCUAUUUGAAGGUUAUGGGGCAGAAAUUUUUGGAAGAGUGGCCCCCAGGACUGAGUGGAGUGGUGCUGGAUAUUUACAAUUGCUGGAGGAAACACAGCGCAGGGCUGCCCAACCCACUGUUGAGAGAUUCCAACAACCAGCACAUCAAGGAGAUGAUGAUGAUGAGCCUGUCCUGUAUGGAACUGCAGUUGGAGCAGUGGUCUCUCAGUAAGGGAAAGAACAUGUCUCAGAGGAAAAGUGUCUCAGGGGGUGAUCACGGGGAGUUGGACAGCCAGGAGUCCCGUUUCCAGACAGACCUCUUCAUGAUGACCAUGGCCUCCUCGCAGAGAGACGUGUUUGAGCGUGACUGGCUCUGCUUUGCUGUCAGAGUCCACUGGCUCAAAGCUCGACAUCUCGCGUUUCAGGGUGACAUGGACGAGGCUCAGGAGGGUUAUGACCUGUGUGUAGGACUACUGAAGAGCCAGCCUCAGAGCAGCGAAGGGGAGAAACUCGCCAUUUACCUGCCCAACCUCUGUGUGGACUCGGCUAUUUCUGUAGAGGAGAUUGAGAAGAAGCUGAAGUCUCUAGAGAGAUGUCAGUCACUGGAGGAGAUUCAGAGGCUGUUUGAGAGUGGAGACUACACCUCCGUGUUCAGAUUACUCCAACCAACGCUGAGCUGUGGGCCCAGCUCAGCGCGGCCCAAACCGCUGGAGUACCUCAGCUCAGCUCCCGAGAGGCCAGCACAGCUGCUGCUGCUACAGAGCUCCCUCCUGCGCAUGAAGGACUUUGCACAGUGCUUGGAGAGUUCAGAGGUUGCACUGAAUGAGGCUCUGCAGCACCUGAAUGCUGCAUUACCGAGCAGUCCUUCUGCAAAAGAGGAGUGGGUGGCCACGGUAACGGCCAUGCUUCGUGGGAUAGAGCAGUGCAUCACCGAGCAGCCGCAGCUCCUCACCAGCACACCGCAGACCACCAACCUGGCCCGCCUCGCCAAUAACCUCAUACAGCUGAUAGACUGCAGCAUGGUGUUGCCUGAUGACCCCAAAGAGCCUCACUUCUCCUCCAUGCUGCCCUGGAUGCUGCUACACCACCUGCUUAAGCAAGAAGAGGCUGAGUUCGACGGCAUGCUCCGCCAACACCUCGCUGAUGAAGAUGAUGAUGAUGACGACACUCCGCUGUUGCCUUCUUCUCUGAUGCUGCUGAACACGGCUCAUGAGUACCUGGGCCGCCGCUCCUGGUGCUGCAACUCAGAUGGAGCACUGCUUAAAUUCUUCGUGCGUGUGCUGAAGCAGAAGCUAGCUGAAGGGGAAGCUCUGCCAUAUAAAGAGGAGCUGGAGACUGCGCUGGAGCAGUGCUUCUACUGCCUGUACUCAUACCCCAGCAAGAAGAGCAAACCACGCUAUCUGGAGGAGCACUCUGCACCACAGGUGGAGCUGCAGUGGAGCGAUGCUCUCUUCAUGUUUGAGUACUUCAAGCCUAAGACCUUGCCAGAGUUUGACAGCUAUAAGACGAGCACGGUGUCUGCAGAUCUGGCCAACCUGCUGAAGAGGCUUUCUGGAAUCAUCCCCCGCUCAGACGAGCCCACACUCUCUGUUGACGAUGUAUCAGCCUACAUAGAAGGAGGGGCAGUAAAGGUGCCAGCUCUCCCUGAAGGAUCACCUCCAGCGCCCCCUCUGGUGAAUGAGCUCUUCUACCUCCUGGCUGACUACCACUUCAAGAACAAAGAACAGUCCAAAGCCAUCAAGUUUUACAUGCACGAUAUCUGUGUGUGCCCCAACAGGUUCGAUUCUUGGGCUGGGAUGGCUUUGGCCCGGGCCAGUCGCAUCCAAGACAAGCUGAAUUCCAAUGAGCUGAAGAGCGACGGGCCCAUUUGGAAGCACUCUUUGGCUGUGCUGACCUGCUUCAAGCGGGCGCUGGAGAUUGACAGCUCUAACCUGUGCCUGUGGAUCGAGUACGGCACCAUGUCCUACGCCCUGCACUCCUUUGCCUCCAGACAGCUCAAACAGUGGAAGAACGAGCUGCCGGUAGAGCUCGGCAAACAGAUGGAGGAGCGCAGGGACUCGAUGCUGGAGACGGCGUAUCAGUGCUUUCAGAGUGCAUCUGCGUGUGGCGGCGACUGUAAUGAGGAAGAGUGGCUCAUCCACUACAUGCUGGGCAAGAUCGCCGAGAAGCGCAAGCUACCUCCUAAAGACUACCUGCAGCUCUACAAACAGUCUGCCCAUUAUCUCCAUGAGGAAGCUGCCCGAUACCCACGGAAAAUCCACUACCACAACCCUCCUGAUCUGGCCAUGGAGGCUCUGGAGUUGUUCUUUCGUUUGACUGCCACUAUUCUGAAGCUGCUGGAAGAAGAGUGUGAUAGUGAGGAAUCAGAGCUGCAGAAGAACGUUCUGGAUUACGAGCUUUUCUUCAACAUGCUCGCAGAAUCUGCAGUUGGGCCUUUUGCUCGCGGAGAGGAGAAGAACAUGCCCAAAACCAGCGACAAAGAAAAACACCCUUCUUUGAAUGACGAAGACUCUCGCUCCUCUUCAAUGGGCGUAGCAGCGGCGGUGACCUCCACACUGACCUCCACAUCGACUUCCACAAUGACCGCCGCUCACGCGGCGACAUCAUUGCCUGGCGACGGUGCGGCAGGUGUGACUUCCCCCCCGUGUGCGGUCACUCCGGUCGACCACGAUUACGCCAAACGUAAAAAGCUGCAGCAGAGGCAGGGGCAGCCGCAGGACGGCCUUAAUGGACACAGUGACGGGGCAAACUCAGUUACCCCGUUCUCAAGGCUUGGUUAUAAACCUUACAAGUUUAAAGCUAACCUCUCUCACGACCACGAUUACUGCGGGUCCGCGUCUGCUUUGCGAAGGCGACCUGUGUAUGAGCAAAGUCAGGACAGCGUGGCGGUCUUGUCGGACUCCAACUCCCUGCAGGACGUGUUUUUGGACCCCACCAGCUCACAGGACAGCAGCCACAAGCUGGAUUCUGGGAAAUGCCGUUCCUUUUCUGAGGACACCAACACACUAUUAAAAGACAAGCCAUCGACGACAGAGGAGCCAGGCGCCUCAGAGGAAAAGCAGAUGGACAUCAACUCCACCACACUCUCCCAGGAGUCCUCAGCCACCCAGGAGUCCUCAGACACCACUCUGUCCAUCAUGUCUCCUGAGGUCGCCAUGCCAAAAACCAUGACUACUGAUACCCACAGCCAGCCUCCACACACUCCCCUCCAUACCACCCCACCCAAAUCUGGUCCUGCUUCUCUGGCAGGGCCUCCUAGUGAGGGAAAGCGUCGGCCUGAGCCCCCCACCCCGCUGGAGCUGCUGGAGGUGCCGCGGUGCCUGCCUGCGGGGAGAGUGGAGCAGAAGAAGGUGCUGGUGGACAUGUGCGUGAGAGCGCUCUUCGUGUGCCUCAGCCGUUUCCCUCAGCACUACAAGAGCCUGUAUCGGCUCGCCCACCUCUACGCCUACAGCAAGACCCACAAGAACCUGCAAUGGGCAAGGGAUGUGUUGCUAGGGAGCAGUGUCCCAUGGCAACAGCUGAAGCACAUGCCAGCGCAAGGACUUUUCUGCGAGAGGAACAAGACCAAUUUGUUCAAUGGCAUCUGGCGUAUUCCGGUAGAUGAAAUCGAUCGGCCGGGCAGUUUUGCGUCUCAUAUGAACAGAUCCAUCGUGCUACUGCUGGAUGUUCUGUGUCAGUUAAGGGAUCACGACACGCUGCUCAAAAUUUCCCUCAUGCUCCAGAGAACCCCUGACCAGGGAAAGAAAUAUUUGCGGGAUGUGGACCGGCAGGUUUUGGCCAAACGCGCCUUCUUCUUCACUGUGAAAGUGCUGGAGGACAAUCUGGAUAAACUCACUGCGGUAUCCGAUCCUUCUCUUAAACCUUCCACCUCCUCCAUGGGUGAGAUGACCACAGCCGACGUGUCCAGCCGGCCUCCUGCCACGGAGGACCCCAAAUGCUCCCAACCUCCGCGACCUAAACAAAGCCUCCCAGACGCAGCCUCUGCUCCAGGCACGGACAUCACACCCUCAGAAACUUCCCAGCACCAGCCUGGACCACCUCACCCCUCUUUACAGCCUGGGAUCCAGGCCCAGGGUCCAGCAGCCUCUACUCAGCCCAGAGAAAGCAGCUCAGGCUUGGGGGAGCCCAUGGAGCUUGGUCCAUCACCCUGGACGGGUACCAUCAAACCCAGAGACCCACAAACACCCACUGAUGGCGUUCCACCAGAGCAAGGAAGGUCAGCAGCAGAGGGGGCAGAAAAAGUUCAGGAAAGCAGCCGGACUCCCGAAUUGUCGCUGGAGGAGCUGAGCAUUAGCUCCAAACACCAGCUGAUGCAGGUUCAGGCAAGCACGGCUAAAGGGCCGCAUGCUAUGGCUGUUAGUUGCCCUGUUAGCCAGACUGGCAGUCAGGAAUUGGGUUUGUUGAGGCGGCCUAGUAGGAAAAGGAAACUUCUGGAGGAUGCGGAGUCCGGCAAGACGCUCCUGUUGGAUGCUUACAGAGUGUGGCAGCAGGGUCAAAAGGUCAUGACGUAUGACCUCGGGCGCAUCGAGAAGAUCAUGUCGGAGACGUACAUGCUGAUCAAACAGGUGGACGAGGAUGUGGCUUUGGAUCAAGCGGUGAAGUUCUGUCAGAUUCAGAUGGCAUCAGCACAAAGACAGAAUUCCAGUGAUGCCCCCACCACCCCAAAGUUCAGCAAAGAGCAGCGAGACAUCUUCUUCCCUGCUUCCUUCUCCACUCCAUGCCUGCAUGCACACACACACCCCCUACCCUCCCAGGAACACGAGACCAAACUAAACAAGACUGCACGUCCACUUCACACACACUCUCAUACACACUCGCACCCACAUACGCCCAGCACGCCCACGCAGCUCUACUGCCAGCCCCCAGGCCAGCAGGACCAAUCACAGUCCAGGACGACGCAUAGUCAUCCAAUAGUAGGCAUGGCCUUCCUGCCCCACACAGAGGACAGAGAAGCCCCCGCUCCUGAGGGUCUGGUGUACAGACAGCAGGAGUCUCACUUGUGUCAGCAGAUGAAGAUGGCCACAGUCUCACAGAGUCACGACACUCAGGAGUGGAGCAGCCACGAGACCGCCACCUGCUCCACACAUUCCGGCACAGCAGAGAUUGUUGACCAGUCGAAACAGGGAGACUCCAGCCGGAUCCGCUCCAGAAUCCCCCCCAACAUGCCUAAACUGCUCAUCCCCUCCACCGCCACAAAAUUCCCCCCAGAGAUAACCGUCACACCCCCAACCCCCACACUGCUCUCACCCAAAGGCAGCAUCUCAGAGGAAACCAAACAGAAGCUCAAAAAUGUAAUUCUGGCGUCUCAGUCGGCGGCUAACGUUAAGAAGGACACCCUGACCCAGCCGGCGCUGGAGGUGCAAGAGACGUCCAGCCAGGAGUCCUCACUGGACAGUGAGUCUGACGAGGAGGAUGAUUACAUGGACAUUUGAACUGGGAAAUUUAACCUCUAGCCUCCAGGGGGCACCAAAGAGCCCUGGACAGUCCAUUAAAGCACCAGGAGGCAAACAUCUUUCUUUCGCUCUUUCUCUCUCUCUCUCUCUCCUUGCUAUACCUUUCUCUUGUUGAUUUGCUCAUUCUUUUGUCUCGAAGCAAUGGAAUGUUCCCGGUUCCGCUGCGGUGUUUGUGCACUUGGUCUCUUCGUCCUGCAGCAGUAUGCACGUAAUUCAGCAAAAGGGCUUUUCUCCCCAAACUUGGCUCGAACUCCAGCUAGCCAUGGACUGUGGUUUUGAUUUUGCUUUUUGUCGUGGAUCAGCGAUGCUGCAAAAGUGCCAUUUUUUUUACUCCACCAGUCUCAGCAAAACUGCAGCUAAACAACAAUCUGUGGCAGAAACAGCAGCUUCUAAACGCCACUACAAGUGACUUUCUUUUAAAAGUCCACAGAGGCUUUUAUACCAGGGACCUAUGCAGACAGUCUGUUUAAUGCAAAGAGUUCUUAAACACAGCCAGAGGGGCAUUAGAUCAACAGCAUUAGUAGUUUUUCCCCAGCGUUUGAUAGAAACUUUAAUUUUGCUGCGGUCAAAGUAAAUGAAAUUCGAGUUUACAUCACAAGCAAGGUGCUUAAACUCAGACCCGUGCUGCAGUGACGUAUCAACCAAAAGCAGAUAUUUUUCUUCUCUGAAGCUGUCAGCAUGCAAGCACAGACGUUUUCAAGAAUUGUGCAUAUGUGAGUUUUUCACGUGGUUGUGUGCGUGUUAAGGGUGGAUAUUGUGCUAUCCACGGUGAAGCCCCUUGCUGUAAGCAUGGCUGCCUUUUGCUUGUGUGACUGUCUGUGCUUUAGCAAUCAACCUCUCCAAGACUUUGUCCGGUCCAACCUACUAACGACGGCAUGAGUUUACAGUUUUCAAUAGUGUUGACAGAUUUUUUUAAACCACUUUCUAAACUGUUUGCCUCAAAAGUUUUGGUUACUUUUGGAUAAUGACUGGGUGUACAUUGUGUUUGGAGGACAAAGUAAAUGGCUUCUAAGCCAUAUUUAGACCUCCAGGUUUCAUAAUGUUGGAACUUUUUGGGAACACUUCAGCAAAGUUCAAAACAAUUGACCAUUCCUGGCUCCGCCCACAAAUGCAUAUAUGUUUAGUAAGGUUGGACAAGCUUUACAGAACGUCGGCAGAAAGGCUUUUCAGCCUAAUGAGAAAUUGUAGUUGGAGAUGGCAUAUCUGCACUGAUGGGUAUCGGUAUUGGGGCGAUAUCAAUGCUGGAUCGGAUGUCAGAGAUCCAACAGGACAACGCCACUAGCGUGAAAGACCUUCCUGUAGGACAGUGGAGUGUUCCAGUAGUUUGAGCGUGGUGGCCUGCUUUUAGAUGCGUAGAUCUUAAGUGAAGCGCUUGGUUAAAAACAGCUCAUUUUAGAGCUUAGUAGAAUAUAUCGAAUCAGUAUUGGAAAAGCCCUGUGAUGGACUGGCUUCCUGUCCAGUGAGCGCUGGGAUAGGCUCCAGCAACCCCUCAUGACCCUGGAGGAAAAACAACCUAGAAGAUGUAUGGAUGAUACUGGGAAAGUACCAUGUUGUUACAGCUAGUCAGAACCAGUUAGUGUGCAAACAACGCCAGAAUUCACCACCAUGCUGUGUUAGCUUGGUUACAUUUAAAAUAAAUGUGAAUUGAGUAACACACUCAAUUUGCAUGUUUUGGACACGUUGUCCACUACACUUUCUAAUUAGGUUGAACAGGCUUUUGCUAAUGUUCUGUAAAGCUUGCCUGACUUUACAGCCGUUGCUACAGAAGAACAGGAUUGUGGGUGCGGUGUGAACAGGUCAACCACUGGAAUUCUGUUCAGAGAAUUUUCUACUGACUCUGCUUUUCUUUGUAUUGGAGUUUUGUUCUAUCGUAGUCCGUAAUGUUUUCUUUUGUACUCGUUACUUGUAUUAUUACCUUUUGCAGGUUGUUAGGGAUCGUAGCUGAGAGAGAGAGAGAGAGAGAGAGAGAGAGAGGGUUGUAAGCAUGCAGGCUCGUAGUCCUGCCACCAGCAUUGUGAAGAAGUGUGGGUUGACUUUUGUCUGUUUGUAUAUAUCGCACUUAAAACCGAAGAGCUCCACCAGUUUUGUUAUAUGAUCAGGUUUGUUGUGUCUGGCAUCAUUCUAACAUGAAAUGGCUUUUUCACAAUCUUUCGUCCUUCAGACCGUAAGGAAACGGAGGUAAAAAGAUUUAUUUCUGAUGAUGAAAGAAGUUUAGAGUGCCAUGAAGCUGAGACUGGAAAAACUGAUGCAUUGAAUUGACUUGAUUCAAAUGUAAACAUUGCUUCCCGCUUGAAUUAAAGUAUAUGACAGUAACAGAUCAGUAAUGCUCUGUAUUACACAUUACGUCCCUUCUUGCUGAAAGUAAGUGAUUACUAAAAAUCGUAUCGUCAUAGUCAUAUCAAAAUUUAUUUACACUGUUUAAAAAAAAAUACCAGCUGCUCUUUAGAAGGUGUGAACAUUUCAUGAUAAAUGGACCAAUAGAAAUGAUCCACAGUUAUUUCUGGUCCAUUGCGUCAACAUACAUUAUGUGUCCAUAUCUGAAAUGUUACUUUUCCUUUGGUCCAGAUGUUCUCUGAGCUUGCUUGAGCACAAUGAGCACAAUAACUGUCAAUCAAAUCAAUCUAAAUAAGUAAAUAAAUCAAGUCUUAUCUCUUAAUUUAUCAUAUUAUUCCAACUGUUGAUGUAACUGAUUGGCUUCCUAGUGUUAUACGUACCAGAGAUUAUAAAUCCAGGACCGGAAACUGGAUUCAACUGAUUUGAAGACCUCUGUUGCCACUUGAAGUGCCAAGGUUUCAUUUCAGCAGUGUCAAUUUCUAUUAAUGUGUUGUAAUCAUCUGAAUCAAGCCAAUUCAGUGAAUUAACUUUUUCAGUGUAGCAUGAUCCUGGACACAACUGUGGCGUUGAUCGCUGGUGCGGUAACCUGGCCGUAGAUGCAUUGAGUGCAUGUCUGAGGAAGAACUGAUUAUAUUUUUGGAGAAAUUAAUAUGACACACUAUGUGUUGUGCUGAAAUAAGCUUGUGCUUUGCCUUCCCCACAGAUCACUUGUGGAGAUCAUGUUGACCUCCUUUCCAAGCAGCUGAAUGUUGUUUCUUUUUUUCUACGUAACGUUUUGUACGAGUAGAUGGAUGAAUAGCCUCCAGUAUUUUUCUUGAUCACUGAUUUCCGAAGAUGAUUUUUUUUGCAGAAUAAGGAGAAAGCUUGUGUUGACUGACUGAAAAAAAAGGAAAUGCAAUGGACAUUAGACACAUGCGCCUGACCAAACUACCUGUAAACAGAUAAAGAUGUUUGUAUUUUUCUCUGGAUUUUUUUGUAUGGCUCUGCUGUGCUUGUACUGAGAAUGUAACGUGGUGGAGGAAUGACCGAGGUUGUGGGCACUAUUCUCAGCCUCUGUGGAGACGGGCCUUUUACUGUGCUCAGACUUGUUCUAACAGAGGGUUGAUAUUUUCUCUUACUUUCUGACUUGCUGCAUUAAAAAAUGUCACAAAACCAAAAAUAACACUUGAUAACACUU